GAAAGGAACAAGGGGAGGGUAUUCGGGGGUUACGUUGAAGGACGAGGAGAAGAAGCAAGAGGCCACACGGCAGGACACAAAGUAUGUAUGUUCCGUUGAAUUGCUCCAGCGGCUUGGAGGAAAGAGAAAACCAACAGCUACGAUCAAGUUUUGGGUAGGAAACACGCUUCCCCGAGACGUUCUUCGUUCUCAUAGACGACGAAAACGUCGACAAUUCACCAACCACCACUACCAACAACAACUCAUUCGUUCCUCAUUGCUUCGUUUGUUUGUUCGUUGGUUCGUGAUGGCGUUGGCUCUGUUGGCGUGGAUGCGGCAGCUCUGGGGCCCACUUUUAGGCGGCAUUUAGCUAGCCGACCGACUGACUGACUGACUGACUGACUAGUGGGUAUGAGUCUUUGAGUCCUUAUACGAGGUGAGAGAAAUAAAAAGGGAAAGAACGAAAUAACGGAAGAAAGAAGGACAGAGUGAGGAGAGAGAGAGUGUGUGUGUGUGUGUUUCAGAGAGAGAGAGAGAGAGAGACAGACAGAGAGAAAGAGAGAGAGAGAGCACCAAUGGGGAGGGUAAAGGAGAACCACGAGAAUAAGGCGGAUGUGAGCUCAAAGUAAGUUCGAAGGAAGAAGACCAAGGAAGAAGACCAAGAAGGAGACCAAGGAGAGAAAGGAAGGCUGAAAGAGCGAAGAAAAACCAGUCGAGGGCUGUCAAAUCAGGAGAGCAGAGAGGUCCGCCAAGAAAAACGACGGGAAGAAAACGUAGAGCACGACUUUGAUUUGCAUCGAGCCAAGGCCAAUUUCGCCCUUCGAUUCAAUCACGAUAAUGACUUGCUUGUGGUAGAGUGUUGUCAAGUGUCUUCUGCCGUUGCAUUGGCUCAUUUCGGGGGCCAUGAAGUGUUGUGGGCAAGUGCGGACGCCAUGUGCCCUUUGCUACCGCUCUUAAUGUGGCCGUGAUCAUUUUGGACACAUUUUGACAAAUCUCGGCAUCUGAGAGCCAACACCAAGGCGCUAACCUCAUUGUUGCUAUGACCUUUGAGCGGGCUCGCACCGCCAUCAAAGGCUAUAUCCAUUUCACUCCUCAAUUAAAGGCCGUGUGCGUGGUUUGAGCCCAUUCCUCUGAAUGGGCAGAUCCUCAUUAUGGACAUCGUCAAGGGUAGCCGAUUGUUUCGAUGGUCGUGGUCGUCCCGGCUUCUUAAGUGCGUGUUCUUGGCCUUUAUGGGAAUAUUAAUCCACCACCCAUCCGGAACCUGGGCUGGAAAUCCAGAUGCCAAGAGACUCUAUGAUGACCUGCUUUCAAACUAUAACAAGCUCGUGCGACCCGUGGUGAAUGUAUCCGAGCCUGUCACGGUCAGGUUAAAGUUGAAACUUUCCCAACUAAUUGACGUGAACCUGAAGAACCAAAUCAUGACCACAAACUUAUGGGUGGAGCAAUAUUGGUAUGACUAUAAACUUCAAUGGGAUCCUCAGGAGUAUGGUGGCGUGGAUAUGCUUCACGUUCCUUCCGACCACAUCUGGAGACCUGACAUUGUCCUUUAUAACAAUGCUGAUGGAAACUUUGAAGUGACUUUAGCUACAAAGGCAACGCUAAUGGCCUCGGGUAAAGUGGAAUGGAAGCCGCCCGCUAUCUACCAUUCCUCGUGUGAAAUGGAUGUGGAAUACUUUCCUUUUGACGAGCAAACCUGCGUAAUGAAGUUUGGAAGUUGGACCUACGAUGGGUUUCAGGUGGAUUUGAGACACAUCGAUGAAGAGUACGGUCGGCCAGAGGUGGAAAUUGGCGUGGAUCUCACCGAGUUCUACAUGAGUGUGGAGUGGGAUAUUCUGGAGGUGCCGGCAAUCAGAAACGUGAAGUACUACACUUGUUGCGAGGAGCCAUACCUGGACAUCACCUUUAACGUGACAAUGCGACGAAAGACACUCUUCUACACAGUGAAUCUCAUCAUUCCGUGCAUGGGUAUCUCGUUUCUUACCGUGCUGGUGUUUUAUCUGCCCUCGGAUAGCGGUGAAAAGGUCAGCCUGUCCAUCUCGAUUUUGCUCUCGUUGACUGUCUUCUUUUUGCUGCUGGCUGAGAUUAUUCCUCCGACCUCAUUGGUUGUGCCUCUCCUGGGCAAGUUCGUACUUUUCACCAUGAUUUUAGAUACGUUCAGUAUAUGUGUGACUGUUGUGGUUCUCAACGUACAUUUUCGUACCCCGCAAACCCACACCAUGGCUCCUUGGGUGCGACGUGUGUUCAUCCACAUUCUGCCCAGACUUUUAGUGAUGAGGCGGCCUCAUUAUGACUUGGAUAAGCACAGAACGGAGGCGUUCAAAAAUCCAUUUUACACAUUCCUUACGAAGGACAAUUACUAUUCUUCUACGACUGAUAUCGACCCUCAGCUGCUCAAUGAGAGCCUUAAAAGUUUCACCAGUAUCGCGAAAGACACCUCCCAAGCCUUAAAGCGCGAGCAACGCCGUCGAAGACAACAACUGAAACAAUUCUAUUACACGUUGGCAUCAACCGGCCAACUGGCUUCCAGUGCUCCGUCCCUCACUUCGCUAAAGCAACAACAGCAAGAGCUGCAACAACGACAAUACGCCGCUGUGGUCGCGGCUACAGCAGCGGCCGAUGCUGCGGCAGGGGUGGAUUUCUCCAAGCGUGUUCAAAAUUCCACAGCCUCAAACUCUCACGGUGGGCCCAACCGAGGCAAACAUCGCAUUCUGGUGAGGACGUGCAAUGGAUUGGAACUCAGAGAGCCGCCCUAUCAGAGGGACCAAAAUCUUCUCCCGUAUCCUCCCGUGCCUUCGUCUUCUUUCAAACAUAUGAAUUCCACUUCCGCCGUCCCCACGGGCGUUCCCACGUAUAAACUGCACAAAGCCUCGUCCUUGGAUUACAUGGGCCAAUCCACGGAUGUGAACAGCCCUUUGCUCGGCGGGACGGGGGAUGAGGACUUGCUCCAACACAGUCCGGAAUUCCCUCCUCGAGCCAAGUCAUCCUUAAGCCAUAAUAGUGUUCAGAGUCAGCAUAGUUUCCGUUCUAUGAGGGCUCCCGGAGGUAUUGGUGCUAAUGAAAACUCUCAGGCCAAAAGACGUCACAAUGGGUUGAUGACUCCCCUGGAUGAGGCGGUCCAAUAUUCCGGUAGUUGCCAAAUCCAUGGCAAUGCACCUCGGUCUCGCUACGACGGCUACCAUCAAUCUUUCGAAGGUGGUGGUCAUACUAUGUCGGGUUCUCAAAGUGGCUUCCAUUCCAAUAAAGCUUCGGCCUCUCAUCUCAAUGUAUCUGGCGGUGGUCCUGGAGGAGCGGGAGGGCGAGGCCCUGGAGGACUCGCUAACCGACUUGGUAAUGGUGGUGGCGGUGGUGGUGCCCGAGGAAGCAAUAUUGAGCCUGAGGCGCCCCUCUUUACACAAUACCAGCCUCAUCUCAUGUGUCCUGAAGUCAGUAAAGCUCUCUCGGGAGUCAUGCUAAUCGCAGAACAGAAGAAGAGAUUGGAAGAAAGCACAAAGGUUAUCGAAGAUUGGAAGUAUGUGGCCAUGGUUUUGGACCGACUUUUCUUGUGGAUCUUCACUGUGGCUGUCUUAGUGGGAACAGCCGGUAUCAUAUUACAGGCUCCGACUCUUUAUGAUGACCGAGAACCACUCGAUGUCAAAAUAUCCGAGAUUGGACUGGCCACCGCUCGACCAAUGGCUGGAGUCAACAAAAUGUGAACCACUCCAACCAACCAACCCAACGAGCUACUCACUGCUCACAAACAGUACGGAAUAUUUUCCAUAUUGGCAUUGACGUUUUUUUGCUGUCAUUUGCAAUUUAUGCGAGUCUGUGACAUUUUGGUCAGCAUCACCAUUAUCAGCCCGACUGUCAUUGUUGUUGUCAUCAUCAUCAUCAUUGUCUUCAAAAUGAUGAAAAUGAUAAUGUGCAGAAGAUAAAUAACAACUAAAGUAAAGCUAAAAACAACAUGAAACGCCAUACCUUCUGCCUAACAAGGUAACGAAAAUGCCUGCUCUCGAAAAAAAAUGAAAUUCAAGCACAAUUUGUAGCUAUCAAGCUUAUAACUCAGCAAACAACGAAUGAUAUAUAUCUUCUACUCUUAUGAAUGUUGCAAGAUGUGUCCUCUCAGUGAUGGUUUGAUAAUUUUGAUCAAUAAAACCACAUUUAAUUUA